GUUUAAUGCUCUUCUUCUAGUCUCUUUCGUGGGUUUUCCAUUGGAAGAAUCAAAACAAACAAAAAUGGUUAACUCGUGUGAGAACAACAUCGUCGUUGAACCCACUACAAGGUCGAUUCUUCAAGAUGAAACGAGAGGUAGGAAGUUCGGACAAGAGAUGAAGAGAGAAAAGAGGAGAGUUUUGGGUGUGAUUAAUCAGAAUCUUAUUGGUGCAAGAGGCUAUCCUUGUGUUGUCAACAAGAGAGGAAACUUAUCCAAGCAAGAAGAAGGAUGUCAAAAGAAGAAACUUGAUCCUCAACGAUCCUCAAUCACAAGAUCACGAGUUGAAGAACUGAAGCCAGCAGUUCUGAGUACAGACGAUAUCGUUGACUGUUUAUUCGUUGAGGAUGAAGAAGAAGCUACAUUGGACCAUCCAAUGCCAAUGUCUCUGGAGAAGCCAUACACAAGCAUCACUGAAGCUGGUCCAAUGGAGGAAGUUGAGAUGGAGGAUGUAAUAGUGGAAGAACCAAUCUUGGACAUCGAUGUCCCAGAUGCCAAGAAUUCACUUGCAGCUGUUGAAUAUGUCCAGGAUCUAUACGCAUUUCACCGUAAAAUGGAGAGAUUUAGCUGUGUUCCAGUAGAUUAUAUGAUGCAACAAAUCGAUUUAAACGAGAAGAUGAGAGCUAUACUAAUCGACUGGUUAAUCGAGGUGCAUGACAAGUUUGAUCUGAUGAACGAGACACUGUUUCUCACGGUUAAUCUGAUAGAUAGAUUCUUGUCCAAGAAAGCUGUUAUGAGAAAGAAGCUUCAGCUUGUAGGGUUAGUGGCUUUGUUUUUAGCUUGCAAGUAUGAAGAGGUUUCGGUCCCUCUUGUUGAGGAUUUAGUACUCAUUUCAGACAAAGCUUACACGAGGAGUGAUGUUCUAGACAUGGAAAAAACAAUGUUGAGCACUUUGCAAUUCAAUGUCUCGUUGCCUACGCAAUACCCUUUCCUGAGAAGAUUCCUUAAGGCAGCUCAAGCAGACAAGAAGUGUGAGGUUUUGGCGUCAUUCUUGAUCGAGCUUGCACUUGUGGAGUAUGAGAUGCUUCGGUUUCCACCUUCAUUACUAGCUGCCACAGCGGUGUACACUGCUCAAUGCACACUUGAUGGUUUCAGGAGAUGGAACAGUACAUGUGAAUUCCACUGUCAAUACUCUGAAGAUCAACUCAUGGAGUGUUGUAGGAAGAUGGUGAGUCUUCAUCAGAGGGCAGCGACAGGGAGAUUGACCGGAGUGUAUAGGAAGUACAGCACAUUCAAAUUUGGGUACAUAGCAAAGUGUGAAGCUGCACACUUUCUUCUUUCUUAGUCUCUCAUCCUUAAGGCUGCAAAGACAGCAAUAUUUUGUGCAGCUCUGUUGACAAUAGCUCCUCGUUUCCUCUGAAACACAAAUAACACACCCCAAAAAAAUGAACCAAGAGUUCAAUUUGUCUGAAGCUUGAUUCUAGUUCCUUUUCCUUGUUCACUUUGACUUUCGAUUUACUACAUUUUACAUAAAUUCCAUAAUAAUCUAGUUAAUCUCUAAAUAACAUCAUCACC